GUAAAUUACCAGUAAAAAACGCGUCAAUGACCAAGCCUGUUUUACCAUACCGGUCAGAAAAAUGCUGAUCUCUGAUUGGUUAAUACAUGUCCAAUCACAGUUUAGAAUUCCCAACGGCAUACAACUGUUUAUUUGUUCUAUCAGAUAAGGAUUUUCAUUGAGAACUUGGUGCAAUGGGGGAGAACAAAUCAAUAUAUAAACAUUUCUCUGCAUUACCUCUGCAACCUAACCAAAAAUUAAAAUCGUAUUCAUGUAACUAUUGCAAGAAAAAGUAUGCAGAAAACAUUUCAUGUCAUCUAAACAGCACAGACGACUCAUUUACUAUUGAAGAUUUGAAUGAAGCAGACAAUAGAGCAAGUACUUCAAUGAUUUCAAAUGAAAAUUUACCAAAUAAUAUAAGUGUUUGUAGCAAUAACUAUAAAAAAAAUACAAUCGAUAGUUUUUGUGAUAAAAUGUCAAAAAAGAUGAAGAUUCUCUACAAGAACUACUUGCAGAAGCGAUUUAUGCAUCUGGUACACCAUUAUGUAUAACAGAAAAUCCAUAUUGGCUAAAAUUUUUUAACGCAUUACGGCCUUCAUUUAAUUUGCCAUCAAGAAAUCAAAUAUCAAAUAAUCUUUUAGAUUCAGUAUUCGUUAGAACACAAAAUAUGGUUAAUGAAAAAAUUGAAUCUGCUACUACUGUUGGAGUGCAAUGUGACGCAUGGUCUAAUAUUCGCAAAGAAGGAAUCAUCAAUUUUAUUGUAACAACCCCAGCGCCAGUUUUUUUCAAAACAUUUCCAACUGGAACCGAAUCACAAACUGCCUUAUAUAUUUCUGAAAAAAUAGGAAGUGUUAUUGAUGCUUUGGGAAUUAAAAAAGUUAUCGGAAUUUGUACAGAUAAUUGUGCUGCAAUGAAAAGUGCUUGGACUUUGAUAGAUCAAAAGUAUAAUGUCGACAAAUUGUAUUGUUAUGGUUGUGCUGCUCACAUUCUUAACCUACUCAUGAAAGAUAUUGGUAGUCAAGCAACUGUUGAAACUUUGGUGACAAGUGCAACAGCUAUUGUAAAAGGAAUAAAAGAAGUACAAAUAAUGUCAGCGAUUUUCAAAGAAAUUCAAUCUCAAGAUGAACGUAGAGUAUUUAUUACCUUAAAAUUACCAGCUAAGACAAGAUUUGGAUCUACUAUAAUUAUGAUUGACAGUCUUUGUGUUAAUAAGUUAAGCGAGCAAGUAUAAUCACUUCAGCAUGUCAAUGGUGGCAAAGUAUUUGCCAAAAAUCUUCGUUGAGCAAAAUAGCUGUGGCUAUAUUGACUUUACCUGCAACAUCAGCUGCAACCGAGCGUUCCUUUAGUACACAAGGAUGGAUUCAUUCAUCUAAAAGAAAUAAGUUAAGUAUCGAUAGAGCUGGAAAAAUAACAUACAUUGCAAGAAAUUUAAAAUUACUUAAUCCUUCACCAAAAAAUACAGAAGAAGAAUGGGAAGAAGAUGAGGAAAGUAAUAAAGGAGAGGAUGAAAUAAGUGAAAUUUGUGCUGAGCAUGAAGAAGUUGAAUUUUUAGAAGAAGAAUUUACUCAAGACUAAUUAGUGAUGUUGAUGGAAUUGAAUCAGUAUUAGACUUGUUAUUUCCUAAUGAAAUAUGUCAAUUAUUA